AUGCUGCAGGCACCUGUCACGGGUCCAGCACCAAGCCUUCAAGACACCUCGACGCGCAUUGACACCCGCGUUACCGAGCUCGACAAGAAGAUUGCAAAAUGUGAUGAGGACCUUCGGCGCUAUGCCGGCGCGAGCAAGUCGGGUCAGCAGAAGCAGCUUGCAUUGCAGUGUUUGAAAAGGAAGAAAAUGUAUGAGCAGCAACGUGACCAAAUCCUUGGCACACAGUUUAACGUGGAUUCACUGGCCGGAGCGCAAGAACAGGCAGAGAUCAACGUGAUGACCGUUGAGGCGAUGAAAGGUGGAUAUCAAGAGUUGAAGGAAAGAUAUACACAAAUUGGAGGCGUGAUGGACAUUGCCUGGUCCUUACUUCAUGGGCAAAACAGAACGUGGGCAGUUGUCUCCCCGCAUUGCCAAGGUCGUGUCAUGUCAGGUUAUGUAGGACCACGACGGCCGUCAUAUGAAGUCGAGUUCUUCAAUAUGUGUAAAGAUGCAUAA